CGAAUCACAGGAUCGCCGCGUACGUACGUACAUGUACGUGUAUGCUGUACACGUGUUUUCUGUAUAGAUAUAGAGAACCCCAUAUAAAAGCACCGUGCAACUUGCCACGGACCAUUGGCACAGAAAGUGGUUUGUGGGGAGUUGCUCGAAACUUUGAAAAUCAAUUUCCUUGGAUGCUGUAGGUUUUUCUCGGUUCUAAAACUGCAGUAAACUUGCAAGGAUGAGGGGUGCCUUUGCAGCAGCGCUUACGGUGCUGUUGUUGAGCUUUGCUGCGGGGCAGGAAGAUCUCGCACCGCUCCCUCCCGACGGUCCCGAAGUACCGGGACGAGAGCCGUCCACUGACGGGGAACCGACGGCCGAACCCAUCAUAUUUGACAUAGGUUAUCUGAUCAUGGCCCCCAAGGUGAUGACAGCGGGAACCAUGGAGACAGUCUGUAUCCGUCUGCUCAACAUGACGGGACCCAUCACCCUCACCAUCAGCCUCCUAGAGAGCUCCGAGACUGCCGAGGUCCUAACUGCCUUGCAGCCUUACUUCAUGGAGUUUCCUUUUGCCUGUCUGAAAUUGGAGGUUCCAGAGAUUGAGGGAGAACAACUGGAAACAGUGUUUCAGGUGGAGGGACAAGCAGAACUGGACCCCGCCCAAACUUUCAUUUCGAGCAAGAGGAUUUGGGUUAAGGGGAACAACUGGGAGAGUUUCAUUCAGACAGACAAGUCCAUCUACAAACCAGGACAAACUGUGAAAUUCCGCAUGCUGACAAUCGACCAGAAUUUCAGACCAGACCUGAGUCAGGUGUCCAAAAUGUGGGUGGAGGCACCCAGUGGUAUCCACAUGGCCCAGUGGCUGGAUGUAGAGACCGAGACCAACGACGGCAUCGUCGACCUGGAGUUGCCCAUGACCUCUGACCCGCCCCUCGGUGAAUGGAAGAUAAAAGCUGUGCAUCGGGGCAAGGAUGUUACGCAGACUUUCACCGUGGAUGAAUAUGUUCUGCCAAAGUUUGAGAUUGACAUCCAAGCACCUUCUUACAUUUUAGUCAACGAAUCCAGACUGGAAGCCAAGAUUUGUGCCAAGUACACAUACGGCCAACCAGUGAGAGGGUCCCUCAAGGCUGUUUUCUCCAUCGCCAAUGACGGCUGGAGUGCAAGACCAAGGGCCACUAUCAAGUACAAUAUUGAGGAUACCGGUAAAGACGGCUGCCAGGAUAUCGUGGUGGAAGUCUUCCGACUGGAACUGAACAGCACCGACUUUGGGCUGUGGAACGCCAGGGUCAACGUCGCUGUGGAUUUCACUGAGCGGGCAACCGGUGUUACAUUGUCUGAAGUGAAGGAUGUCACUAAGGUGGCAACAGAGGCACUAACAUUGGUGUUCCAGGGACCACAGACAUUCAAACCUGGUGUGCCAUACUACGGAAAGAUUAUCGUCACGUUUCCCGACGGCACACCAGCUGGGGGCAGGACAAUCCACCUGACAGCCGACACCAACGAGGGACGCGUCUUUGACGAGAUGCUGACCUCUCCGCCAAACGGCAUCAUCGAUGUCGCGGCCAAGAACAUCUCAAUCCAGUCCUCCACCCUAAGUCUUUAUGCCCAGGCACCAGGCUACAAAAACUCCCCCGACAACUAUGACUACCGCGACCGCAUCCGUUACAUGUACGACCCCUCGGUGUCCUUUGGUGCGCAGCCGCAGUUCUCGCCGUCCGGUAGCUUCAUCCAGGUCGCGCCGAUCCUUGAGACGGUGGAAAUUGGCUCGGUGCAAACCUUGACCGUUGACUUCACAGCCCGAGACGCAGAGAAAGACAGCAUUGAAUUCAGCUUUCUGUUUAUGUCUAGGGGAAACAUCCUUCCAGUCGAUAUCAACGGCCUUAAGCCUACAGAAUCGAAGCGUGAGCGCACUGCCCGACAGGCACCAGAAGUAGAUCCUGUGGCACCAGAAAUAGAUCCUGUUGGACCAGAAAUAGAUCCUGUUGGACCAGAAAUAGAUCCUGUUGGACCAGAAAUAGAUCCUGUUGGACCAGAAAUAGAUCCUUUUGGACCAGAAAUAGAUCCGGUGGCAUCAGAAGGAGAUUCGGGGUCAAUGGAAGUAGAGCCGUCAGAAGUAGGGCUAUCCAGCGACGUAGAGUCCAGCUACACUUUCAGCUACAUCAAACCCCCCGUAAGCCCGGAUCCCCCCAUCGUCAUUGUCAAGCCUGGGGAGCUGAACACCCUCCAGGCCCUGGUCACUGUCACCCCGGAGAUGAUGCCGGUAACCCGCGUCCUGGUGUACUACAUCAGGAAGGACGGCGAGGUGGUAACCGACAGCAUGACCUUCAAAGUACAAGAGGUGUUUGACAAUGAGGUGACCAUGGGCUUUGCCAAGGAUGAGGCAGCCCCUGGAGAGACGACGAAGCUUACGAUUCAGGCAGCCCCCGGUUCCCUCUGCGGCGUCGGAGUUGUGGACAAGAGCGUCCAACUCCUAGGCGGAGACAACCAACUUAAGAAGAGCAAGGUCUUCUCUUCCUUGGAGAAGCAUCAGCUGUCGGACCGCGACGGUGAACUGGAUACCAGCAAGCACUGCCCCGAGGCCCUGCCCUGGUGGUUCGGUGCCAUCGAUCGCAGGAGGAGAAAGCGUACAGUCAUCUACAACCCCCAUCAGACCUACAAGGAUGCUUCCCUGGCAUUCCAGCAAAUGGGCCUGGUCUUCCUAACAAACAUCCAGGUUGAGACACGACCCUGCCGAAGCAGAGAAUUUUACUGGCGGGGAAGAGGUGUUGAGGAUGAAAGAGGACCCCUUGCCCUCCCUGUGCUCUUUGAUGCAGAGCCAGAGCCAGUGUUUGAGAAAGAGGCCGUUGCGAAUCUUGCGCCUGAAGAUCUACCAGAGGAACAAGCCCCUGUCACUGUGCGGACGUACUUCCCCGAAACCUGGCUGUGGGAUCUUGUAAGACUUGGCUCCGAGUCUAGUGAAGCGGAAGUGGAAGUCGAGGUACCAGACACCAUCACGGACUGGGUUGGCAGUAGUUUCUGCAUGUCUACCGUGCAGGGCCUUGGCGUAUCCAGCCCCGUCAGCCUGCGGGCCUUCCAACCCUUCUUCGCUUCAUACAACCUGCCGUAUUCAGUCAUUCGCGGCGAGGAGGUGCCCAUAUCUGUCACAGUCUUCAACUAUCUCUCAGAGUGCCUGGUGAUUGAGCUGACGCUACAGGAUUCGGCAGAUUUUGCCCUGAAGGGGGCCGAGCGCUCACAGCGUCUGUGCGUCUGCGGCUCCGAGUCCAAGACGGCCGUCUUCAAUGUCGUCUUCUCAAGCUUGGGAAUGAUCCCGAUUGAAGUGCACGCCAUUGCUGUUGAGGACACUACCUCCCUGUGCGGUAAUGAACUGGUCAGCGCUUCCAACACUGGGUUCAGUGAUGGCGUACGCAGGGAACUCUUAGUUGAGCCUGAAGGAGUUGAGGAAGAAUACACCAUUAACUCUUACUUCUGCCCAGAAGAAACUGGUGGUGUCUUCACGUCCAUCAACAAACUUGCCCUGCCAGUCAAUGUGGUCAAGGAUUCCCAGAAGGCCAAGAUCACCGUCACAGGUGACCUGAUGGGACCCACCCUGUCCAACCUGGACAGUUUGCUGCGCGUGCCCACGGGUUGCGGAGAGCAGAACAUGCUGGGUCUGGUGCCCAACAUCUUCGUCAUGCAGUACCUGGAGAGCACUGAGCAAAUCACCCCGGCCACCGCUGACAAGGCAAAAGCGAACAUGAAGAUCGGUUACCAGCGUGAGCUGAACUACCGCCGCGAUGACAACUCCUACUCGGCGUUUGGCAUGAGUGACCCGGAGGGCAGUACCUGGCUGACGGCCUUUGUGGUCCGCUCCUUCGCCCAGGCCAGCGAGUAUAUCUACAUUGACCAGGCGGAUCUGGAUCGGAGCAUUGUAUGGUUGAGGGAACGGCAGAAUGAGACGGGCUGCUUCCAGUCCAUGGGCAAGCUGUGCCACAAGGCUAUGUCGGGCGGAGUCAACAAUGAGCUGACACUGACUGCGUACAUUGUCAUUACCAUGCUUGAGGCGGGACUACCGCAAUCUGAUCCUGCUGUGGCUGGUGGUCUGCGUUGCUUGGUCGACGGCAUCCCCAGUCUGACUGACACCUACACCACCACCCAGAUGGCAUACGCCUUGGCCCUAGCCUCAAGUCCGGAACUCCCUACAGUCAUGCAGAAACUGGAAGAAGCAGCUACAGAAGAAGACGGCACAAAGUACUGGAAAUCCAACCGGCCCCAGUCCUCGGACAGCUACGGUUACUACGGCGUACCGGCCCAGGACAUUGAGAUGACAGGCUACGCACUGCUGGCCUACAUGCAGCAGAUGGAGGGCGGCGACGCUCUGAUUGCCGGCAACCCCAUCGCUCGCUGGAUCGUCUCGCAGAGGAACUCGCAAGGAGGCUUCUCAUCAACACAGGAUACCGUCAUUGGCCUGCAGGCCCUGGCUUCCUACGCCGACUUGGCUUACACCGGCGGCGUCUCCAUCCACCUGAAGGUCCGCACCCACCCCCAGCGAGUCAAGAACAGUUUCCGCGUCACCCCGCCCAACCGGCUGAUCUUGCAGGAGAUGACGCUGGACUCCAAGAACGUGCCGACCCGGAUCAGCUUUGAGGGCAGGGGAAUCGGGUGUGCCUUGUUGCAGACUGCCGUGAGCUACAAUGUGAUUCCCAAGAAGCCAACAACGCCAGCCUUUACCAUCUCCCAUGAAGUGCGCGAAAUCCAGAAAGCCAAGCGGUGCAGCCAGUAUUCCAUGCAAGUUUGCACAAGCUAUACUGGUGAUGAUGAAGUUUCCAACAUGGCCCUCUUGAGAGUCAAGUUGCAGACCGGAUUUAUUCCAGUGAAAUCCACCCUGACACCCGGCGGACUGAAGCGCCAGACCGAGGCCUUCAGAAGGGUGGAGGUGGACGGAAAGAUGCUCAACUUCUACUUUGAUGAGCUGACGGCUGAGGAGACCUGCAUUGUGUUCAGCAUUGAGAAGAGCAUUGACGUGAAGGACAUCAAGGAUGGAGCAGUCACCAUUAUGGACUACUAUGAGCAAAGUCUGUCCUUAUCCGAGAUGGUGAAACUACCCUGCCCCAAAGACCCCCUCUAUCUGGACCCCACCUUUCAGGAUGAGGACCCCCUGGAGCCCAAGGAACCAAUACUCCUUGACCCCAGGAGACCAUUCCAGCCCGAGCCCUUGGGUCCCUUCAGGGAAGGGAGCCCCCUGGGUCUGGGUGAAGGUGGCCCCAUAGUCCCUGACGUGGAACUCGUUGUCAAUCUGGAUAUCUCUAGUUUUAAUCAAUGCCCUGAGGGUCGAGUCUUUGCUGAUGGUGUUAAGAAAUGUAUCACUCCUGUUGGCGAUGCAUGCCAAGACGGCACAAGGUGCGAUGAGGGAUACACUUGUGUUGACACCGACGCAGGAACCCAGUGUGUCGAUUUGGAUGAAUGUGCCAAGUAUCGCGAUAUCUGCAAGGGAGAUUUAAUCUGUACCAACAUGGACGGGAGCUACAUCUGUGCUCAGUUGGUUUGCCUAGAAGGCUACAAAAUCUCUGCCGACGGACACUGUGAAGAUCUGAACGAGUGCGACACGCCGGAUAUCUGCGGCCCGUUUGGCGCUUGCGCCAACACCGAGGGGAGCUUUACUUGCCUGAGGUUGCAAGUGGAAUGUAUCGAUGGCUUUAGGAUGACUCCAGACUUGCAAUGUGAAGAUAUAGAUGAGUGCGCUGAAAACCCAGACAUCUGCGGACCUGGUAACUUAUGUGCUAACAGCAUGGGCAGCUACGCCUGCGUUAUUGUCGACUGUGGCGUCGGCUACUUCAAAGAUGUGGACGGAAGCUGUGGCGAUGUGAACGAAUGCGAGGAGGUGGAUACCUGUGAAGAGGGAGAAACGUGUCUCAACACGCCUGGGGGCUAUUCCUGUAGAUCUGAGGUCUGUGAUGAAGGCUUCGAGGCUGUGCUGUCCCCAGAGGGGGGCCUUUCAUGCAUAGACAUUGACGAGUGCAGUGAGACUCCCGACAUUUGCGGUCUCGGUAAUUUGUGCGAAAAUGUGGAUGGCACGUAUUAUUGUGCUAUCGUCGACUGUGCAUUCGGCUUCUCCAAAGAUGAGAGUGGAAAUUGUGUCGCAACGGUGGAGAUUCCAGAAAUCUUAGUGCACCUAGAUCGCUGCAGAUUGCCACUACAGACUGGCAAAUGCCGAGGCAUGUUCCCCAAAUAUGGCUACAACUUCCGCACCAGUGCAUGCGAGGAGUUCAUCUACGGCGGUUGCGAAGGCAACGACAACAGGUUUGAAACCCUCGAGGCUUGCGAGGAGGCUUGCAUAGAGCAACCCCAAACAGGCGUCGAUCCCGCGAUCGGACCGGGCGAACCACUGGAGCCAAUCGUCGACACCUCUGAACCAGAUAUCUGCGGACUGCCUUUGGAAACUGGUCCGUGUCGCGCCAGCUACCCCAAGUUUGGCUACGUGCCAGAAUCCAAGACCUGCCAGCAGUUCGUAUACGGCGGCUGCCCUGGUAACGCAAACAACUUUGACACCAUGGAAGAGUGCAUGCAGCGAUGCGGGGAACCAGUUCCCGUGGUGAUUACAGAGGAAGUGCCUUUACCAGAGCUCUGCAAGUUGCCACUAGUGUCUGGUCUGUGUGAGGCCUUAAGCUUCCCAUACGGCUACAAUCUAGAAUCGGGAGAGUGCGAGAAGUUUCGAUACGGGGGCUGCGGUGGCAACGUCAACCGAUUCGCGACAGUCGCAGAGUGCACUGACACCUGCGGAUCCGUCCCGCGUGGCGUCCCUCCAACCAGUCCCAAGAAAUACACAGACGCGAAGAUGGGCCAGUGCUUGCCAUACAUCGAUGACAAUGGCCCCUGUGAGCGAGAAUGCCUCGGUGAUGAUGCUGAGUGCCCUGGUAAUCUGAUCUGCUGCUUCAAUGGCUGCGGCUACCAGUGUACGCCGUUCACCCUUGAGAACCCACCAGAGCCUAAGGCAGGUAUGUGCGAACCGCAACUCCCAGGAGCAGCACUCAACUGCAACAACGAUGAGAUAGUGAACGAGUGUUACUAUGACUACAACUGCGAAGGGGACAUGAAGUGUUGUCAAGAUGGCUGCAACUCGGUGUGCACGCCGCCAUUUGAAGUGGAUCCUGUCCUGCCGCCAAAUCGACCCAAGGCAGGCCUGUGUCCCAGCGUGGACAUGACAGGAAUGGCUGGUGCUUGUACUGACGAGUGCUUUGAUGACUACGCCUGCCCUGAUGAUCAGAAAUGUUGCAGUAACGGCUGCGGACGUAGAUGUAUGCCUGCUUACGACCCCAAUGUGCAUACUGGGUAUGGUGAAUGCCUGCCCAUGAUGGAAACUGGAAUCUGCCCUGAAGAAUGCACGGUGGACUCCGACUGCGAAAGCGGCAACAUCUGUUGUUACACUGGCUGUGGUCGCGCCUGUAUAUAUCCCGUCCUCGUGGAACCUCUACCGGCUAGGCUUGGCCAGUGCCCGGUAUUACCCGAGAUAGCCGUGGGACCCUGCGCCAACUUCUGCGAGUACGACUAUGGCUGCGCUGAGGGGGAGAAGUGUUGUAGCAACGGCUGUGGCUUUGAGUGCAUGGCGGCCACAGAUGCUGGGCCAGUACUACCCCUGGUACCAAACCCAUAUGAACCCAAAGCCGGCGAAUGCCCAUCUCCGGAAGCAGGCAUCAUUGCGAUAUGCAUAGACCAGUGCGACAAUGACCAGAGCUGCCUUGGAAGUCAGAAGUGCUGCUCCAAUGGCUGCGGGUUGCAGUGCAUGGAGGCGCUGAUUCCUCCUGCCAAGCCUGGCCAAUGCCCAGUCCCCGAGCCUAGCCCGGCCUGUCUCUCCUUAGCCAUAGUCACUGAAUGCAGGGAGGACGGUGACUGUGAGGGGCCCCAGAAGUGCUGCGAUAUGGCCUGCGAUAGCCGCUUGUGCACAAUGCCCGUAACCAUCACUCCCAAGCCUGGACAGUGCCCUGUUGUUGAGUCUGGUGGCUUUGGUAUCUGUGUUCAAGAAUGUAACGAUGAUAGUGGCUGUAUGGGUGAACAGAAAUGCUGCUCCAAUGGAUGUGGACGUACUUGCAUGGAACCAAUCACUCCUCCUGCAGAACCCAAGCCUGGACAGUGCCCUGUUGUUGAGUCUGGUGGCUUUGGUAUCUGUGUUCAAGAAUGUAACGAUGAUAGCGGCUGUGUGGGUGAUCAGAAAUGCUGCUCCAAUGGAUGCGGACGUACUUGCAUGGAUCCAAUCAGUAUGCAUAAUUCUCCUCCUGCAGAACCCAAGCCUGGACAGUGCCCUGUUGUUGAGUCUGGUGGCUUUGGUAUCUGUGUUCAAGAAUGUAACGAUGAUAGCAGCUGUGUGGAUGAUAAGAAAUGCUGCUCCAAUGGAUGUGGACGUACUUGCAUGGAGCCAAUCACUCCUCCUGCAGAACCCAAGCCUGGACAGUGCCCUGUUGUUGAGUCUGGUGGCUUUGGUAUCUGUGUUCAAGAAUGUAACGAUGAUAGCGGCUGUAUGGAUGAUCAGAAAUGCUGCUCCAAUGGAUGCGGACGUACUUGCAUGGAGCCAAUCACUCCUCCUCCUGCAGAACCCAAGCCUGGACAGUGCCCUGUUGUUGAGUCUGGUGGCUUUGGUAUCUGUGUUCAAGAAUGUAACGAUGAUAGCGGCUGUGUGGGUGAUCAGAAAUGCUGCUCCAAUGGAUGCGGACGUACUUGCAUGGAGCCAAUCACUCCUCCUGCAGAACCCAAGCCUGGACAGUGCCCUGUUGUUGAGUCUGGUGGCUUUGGUAUCUGUGUUCAAGAAUGUAACGAUGAUAGUGGCUGUAUGGGUGAUCAGAAAUGCUGCUCCAAUGGAUGUGGACGUACUUGCAUGGAGCCAAUCAUUCCUCCUGCAGAACCCAAGCCUGGACAGUGCCCUGUUGUUGAGUCUGGUGGCUUUGGUAUCUGUGUUCAAGAAUGUAACGAUGAUAGCGGCUGUGUGGGUGAACAGAAAUGCUGCUCCAAUGGAUGUGGACGUACUUGCAUGGAUCCAAUCACCACCUGCGAAGGCGGUCACGGUGUGGGCGAAAUGUGGGAGGACACCUGUAUGACCUGCGAGUGUGACACCUCUCUAACCCCCGUCUGUAUUGCCCAUGAGUGUGGCGUGGCCCCGCCCCUCCCCACCCGAUGCCGCUGGGCUAAGCGAACCCCCGACGAGUGCUGCCCGUCCAAAAUGGUCUGCGAAGAAACAAUAUAUGACUGUCCGUUUGGGGCAUCGGUGGCGUCGUCCUGCCCAGACGACCUCUGUGACACGACCUGUGAAGGUCACCCUGAUGCCUACUGUCUCAUCAGCAGAUGUGGGGGCUGCUCUGCCAAAUUCUUUGACCGAAACAACCAAACGGUGCAGUGUGAAGGCGGCACACUGCGGGUGGAACCCCAGUGCCCCACUGAUGUCCCCCAGGUGACAUGCUUUGCGUCGCCAUGUGAGGUCGAGACAUGCGAGCAUCACAAGUUCCCUGAUGCAGUGUGCCACGUUGACUACUGCCAGCCCUGCACUGCCGUCUUUCACUGCCCUUGCAACUUGCUGCUGGAUUGCCCAGACAAAGCUCCUCCUGCAGAACCCAAGCCUGGACAGUGCCCUGUUGUUGAGUCUGGUGGCUUUGGUAUCUGUGUUCAAGAAUGUAACGAUGAUAGCGGCUGUAUGGGUGAACAGAAAUGCUGCUCCAAUGGAUGUGGACGUACUUGCAUGGAACCCAUCAUUACGCAUGAUAAACCCAAGGCAGGCAUGUGUCCAAGACUCACCCUGGAGACGUUUGGUGUUUGCAUAGAGAGCUGUACGGAUGACUUCUCCUGCCCAGACGACCAGAAAUGUUGCCGCAAUGGCUGCGGUCGCAGCUGCCUGCCUGCGUAUGACCCAAGUGUUCAUGCUGUUCCCGGAGAGUGCCCUUACGUGUCUGAGUUCGGCACCUGUGAGGAUUCCUGUAGCGUAGACGCUGACUGUGGAGACGAGUUCCUGAUCUGUUGCUUCAAUGGCUGCGGCCGUAGCUGCGUGCCGUUUAUCAUCGUUGAACCCCCACCGCCAAGUUUGGGUGAGUGCCCGCCCAUCCCAGAGGGCCAGGCUGGACUGUGUGCCAACCUCUGCGAUUUGGAUUACGACUGCGAAGUGAACGAGCUGUGCUGCAGCAACGGGUGCGGUUACCAGUGCAUGCCGUUUGUUAUCGUGGAACCAAUCGGUCCCGUUGAACCAGUGGAACCGGUUGGCCCAGUGGAACCGGUUGGCCCGGUGGAACCGGUUGGCCCGGUGGAACCGGUUGGCCCGGUGGAACCGGUUGGCCCGGUGGAACCGGUUGGCCCAGUGGAACCGGUUGGCCCAGUGGAACCGGUUGAACCAGUUCAACCAGUGGAACCGCAACCAGAACCCCAAGCUCCCAAGCCAGGCGUGUGCCCCAUGGUGGACCUGGGCACCUUAGGCAUCUGCUCCCAAGAAUGCGACAGUGACAGCGCCUGUGUAGGGGACCAGAAAUGCUGCACCAACGGUUGUGGCAAUACGUGUAUGCCUGCUUAUGAUCCUGCCGUCAACAACUUCAGUGAGUGCCCGCUGGUGACGGAUGUUGGAGCCUGCGCCGAUGAAUGCUUCGCCGACUCAGACUGUGGAUCAGAGUUUAAGAUCUGCUGCUUCAACGGCUGCGGCCAUUCAUGCAUCUCUCUGGGCGAUGGUCCACCUCCACCGGACCCAGUGUCUCUUGAUUGCCCGUACUGCUUGACUGAUCUGACAGACCUGCCUGAUGACAUCACCAUGCUCAUUUGUGAAGCUGACCUUUUGAUGGUUGUUAAGUGGAGAGCCAAGGAUAACAGGGUUCGGUUCCUGAAGGAUGUCAUCACAGAUUUGGACGCGUCUCAGCCCUCCCGCCCCUUAGACAUUGAGGAGUCUUGCCCCUGCUCUAACAUAGCUAAUGAUGAGCGUUUCAUCCUUGUUGGUCAGUCCGACAGAAUCAUGACUGGCAAGGGCAAGAGUCGCCGAGUCACCUUGGGCAUCAACGCUUUCGUCAUCAGAAACGAUGCCAAACUCAAGAGAACGCUGACUGACAUCCGCAGCAACUGCCCUUAAAAAAACAUCGCCGGACAAUUUGACCGCCAUUAUAUUUGACUAAUCACAAGACUCAAAGCACUUAAAAUGCUUCAUUCUCUUUUGUCCAUUUUUUCCCAGUGCUUUUCUGAAGAAAAAAAAUAUGUAUCUUUGCAUAAAAAGUGAAUUGAAAAUAUUCAAAGCUCCUUUCAGUGUACGUGUUUUGGGUCAAAGAGCUGUUUGAAUAAGAUGAAGUUGUACAACAGAAUGUUAGCAUCCUUAUUAUGCCUGUACUUUAAAAGAUAGCUUUGUACAGUUUCAGAGGGUAUCUUUUUAACAGUGCUUUCUAAAAGUAAACCAAAAAGGUUCAUUUUCUACAUAUUCACAUAACUUUCUAAUACAUUAAUUCAUAUUUUAAAAUCAUGUAUUUUCGUAUAUUAAGCAAGGAUAAAAGGCCCCUUUGUAGCCAAAACUGUGUCCAUCGUUUUUAUUAAUAUGUACUUAAAUAGUCUCACAUGUACUUAAAUAAUUAAAUCGAUGCUCACCACAUUUUAUUCUCUAUGCAAAGUCUGUAUUUUUACUUUACUUAUUACUUAUUUGAAAAAAAUAUUCAAGGUGCUAAUGUUGCAUAUAACAAAGGCACUUAGUUACUUAAGCUUGAUGAUCUACUUUUACAAUUGUGUAGCUUUCUUUGUAUUGUCAUGUACCUCAGCAAUUAGAUGCACACGUUUUUCUCCUUCAUGCACAAGUAUUUUUUCCUUUAUGUUUUAACUAUAAAUAACACCAUACAUCAAAUUUGGAAGAAUUAGUGCGAUCCAUGAAUGUGAUUUGUUACAAUUUCUUUUCUAUAUUUAGUGUUGAUUGUGCAUUUAUUAUUUUUUUGUCGGCUUAUCAGUGUUUAAACUCCACAAAGAAACGAUAGAUGUGUGUUUCUUUUCGUUUUGAAAAUGUGUUUUUAGAUGUAACUGUUGUGUAACUUGUUUAUCAUUGAAUGUAAUUAAAUAAAUAUCAAGCAUUUUUAGUGGGGAAAA